AUGUCAUUCACUCACUUAAUUUUUUUUGUGUCCCUCGUUUUCAACAUAUUUGUAAAUAUGUGCCUAUAUUGCGUUCUCGGUGAAAUAUUAAUGACUCAGUGCAAUCAAAUAUAUUAUGCGGCAUAUCUCAACAAAUGGUACACUCUAAAUUCAAAAAUUGUAAAAAGUUUGUUCUUUUUAAUGACAAGAGGUUCUAAACCAAUCUAUCUUACUGUUGGGAAAGUGUCUCCUGUUACAAUGGCCACAUUUUGCAGCUUAGUAAAAACAUCUGUUGGUUAUAUGUCCGUUUUGCACACCAUGAAAAAUUGA